AUGGCGUCUAUUGUGCGGCCUUCGCUGCUUCGGCAAUCGGGUGUUGCGCCGGCGGCAGGUCGAGAUCUCCGGAAACGAGCCCCGCAGCCAUACGCUCUUUCCAAGCUCAAUAGCUCUAGCUUUCGCACCCAGUCCAUUGCGAGCCGCAUCUUGCCUCUGAGAUCCGAUGUACUGAGGGGCAUUCCGCCGAGUAUGCUCAGAGUUGCAGGCUUUCACGCCAGUGGACGAAGACCCAUCCUCCCUGCCGGCCCUCAGAUCAUUGAUGGGACUGCAAAUGAUCCAGCACCUAUACCCCAACCUUCGCCCACCCAUGGGAGCUACCACUGGGCUUUUGAGAGACUCAUAUCCGCUGCUCUAGUACCUUUGACAGUAGCUCCAUUCGCUGCUGGGACCCUUAACCCUGUCACGGAUGCAAUCCUCUGCGCCACCAUCCUCAUUCACUCUCAUAUUGGUUUUCAGUCCGUAAUCAUUGACUAUAUACCAUCGAAACGACUGCCGAAAACCAGAGCCUUGUUUUGGUGGGGUCUGCGUGCGGCAACUCUGACCGUGGCUGUGGGACUGUACGAGUUCGAGACGAAUGACGUAGGCUUGACUGAGGCGGUUAAGAGGAUAUGGAUCGCUUAG